GCUCUUUCCUCCAAACCAUAAAUUUGACUAUUUAUCCUUCUCUCUUUCCGUUUGAAUUUCAAGAAAUCGAUUUUCGUUUUCUUGAACCUCUUUCGAUCUUACCUCCAUAACUACCACUACAAUCAAAACCAUCGCAAUCUCCUCUCCUCUCCUCACUACUCGCUACUCACUGCUCAAUACUCAUUUCUCGCCACUAGAGAAUACUGCGCAAUCUUCAACCCACCACCCAGUUCAGCUCAACUCAUCAAACCGAUUCUCACUCACCAAACAACUCUAACACUCUCCAUCAAUCCACGAUCCAAACCUCCCUCAAUCCACCACCCAACUCAAUCCCACCAAACUCCUCCUCCUCCCCCCUCAAAAAAUGCCCCGCCCCACCCUCCCAACCACCCUCCUCCCCCUCCUCACCCGCACAAUCCGACAAUCCUCCACCUCAAGCACCACCUCGAUCAAAUCCCUCGCCCCCCGCAAAGCCACCUACUUCGGCCCCGACGUGUACUGGGGAAAAGCGUGGAAGAACGUGUACGGAACCGGGUUACUUUACGUUCCCGUCGUUGCAGCAGUCAUGUUCUGGCCGGUUCCGAUUGCGCCGAUGAUGAAUUUUUCAAAAGGAGUUAAGAAGGAGGGCGUGGUUGCUUAAGAUGGGAAUGGAGUGAUGUGGAAUUUGCGAUGGGACUUGCUGGUCGAGGUUGAGUUCCGACGAACAUGUUGAGAAUCUUUAUACAAGCAUGGCAAAGGACAAUAAAUGAAUAACACA